AUUUGGAAAUCAGUACUCUUUAAAACGCGACGGAGUGAGCAACAUGAAGCCGUUGCUCCUAGUGUUGGCCCUUUGUGGGGCUCAAAUCCAUGCUCACUCUGUGGGUAUACGUUACGACUAUAACGACAAUAGCGACGAGGAUACCAGAAUCAAUUGGCUCCCCGAGCCGCUGAAGCCAGUUCCUUGGCAGUCGGAGACUGCACAACAGCCCCAAGAAGCUGUGGUUCAAGUGCCUGAAGUCGGACAGAUCUUGGGAAUUAGUGGCCAUAAAACCAUUGCCAAUCGCCCAGUGAACGCUUUCUUGGGUAUACGGUAUGGUACGGUUGGAGGCGGCUUGGCGCGCUUCCAGGCGGCACAACCGAUUGGAUACCAGGGACGAGUUAAUGCCACCGUCCAGAGCCCCAAUUGUGCCCAGUUUCCGGAGCUCGAACGCCUGAGGUUGUCUGAAUCCCGGGGAGAAAACGUCGACGACUGCCUUACCUUGGACAUCUACGCACCCGAAGGCGCCAAUCAGCUGCCCGUUUUGGUCUUUGUUCAUGGUGAAAUGCUCUUCGACGGCGGCUCUCAGGAGGCCCAACCUGACUAUGUUCUGGAAAAGGAUGUGCUGUUGGUCUCCAUCAACUACCGACUGGCUCCAUUCGGCUUCCUAAGCGCUUUAACCGAUGAGCUUCCUGGAAACGUCGCCCUUUCCGAUCUGCACUUGGCUCUUGAGUGGCUGCAUCGCAAUCUGGUCUACUUCGGUGGCAAUGAGGGACAGGUGACUCUAGUGGGUCAGGCUGGUGGUGCAACAUUGGCUCACGCCUUGAGCCUUAGCGGUCGUGCCGGCAAUCUCUUCCAGCAGCUGAUCCUGCAGUCGGGCACCGCCUUGAACCCCUACCUGAUUGACAACCAGCCACUUGACACCUUGAGUACCUUCGCCCGCCUUGCUCGCUGCCCACCACCACCCAUUAACCCAUCCCCACAAGGACUUAGGCCCCUAUACGAUUGCCUCGGCCGACUGCCCACCUCCCAGCUGGUGGCAGCCUUCGAGCAGCUGUUCCUCCAAAACGAGCACCUUGGGCUCACCCAACUGGGUGGCUUCAAGCUUGUGGUGGGCGACGCUCUGGGCUUCAUACCAAGCCACCCAGCCUCACUAGCUACCAACAGCAGCCUUGCUCUGCCCAUGAUUAUCGGGGCCACAAAGGACGCCAGUGCGUUCAUCGUGUCGCGAAUCUAUAACCAGCUCGCACGCCUGCAGUCUCGCAAUGUGAGUGACUACAUCGACGUUGUCCUGCGCCACACAGCGCCGCCCAGCGAGCACCGCCUCUGGAAGCAGUGGGCACUGCGCGAGAUCUUUACUCCGAUCCAGGAACAGACGGCUAGCCUGCAAACAGUGGCUCCUGGUCUGAUCGAGCUUAGCAACUACAUCCUGUAUCGUGCCCCCGUGAUUAACUCCAUCAGUCAGUCGUACCGCUCUAUCCCGGCCUACCUGUACACCUUCGAUUAUCGCGGAGAACACCGUCGGUUCGGACACCUGGUCAACCCUCUUCCCUUCGGAGUAGAUGCCUCGCUCAGCGAUGACAGCGUGUAUUUAUUCCCCUAUCCAGCCGAGGUUAGUCGCCUGAACCCCUCGGACAGGUCGCUGUCUCGUGCCUUGGUCACCAUGUGGGUGAACUUUGCGACUACUGGCGUGCCCAAUCCUAAUUCUGGUGUAUGGCCGCAGGCUACCUCCGAGUACGGCCCCUUCCUACGCUUCACAAAUAAUCAGCAAAAUCCGCUUGAGCUAGAUCCGCACUUUGGCGAGGGAAUUUACUUGCCAAAUCAUAGAGUGAGCUAUAAGCCGACGACUAACUUUUUACCUCCGAUUACCACCACGACCACCACAACAACCACUACUACCAGCCGUCCAUACGCCUACAACCCGUACGCCAAUUGGCAAAACAGGCCUACUCAGCAGCAUCCGAAUUGGCAUCCUGCGGAUCCGGAAUACGUCAGGGCACAGGAAGCUCGUCAGCAAGAGUUCAUCCGUGAGAGGGAGCAGCGUAGGCGGGAGCAGCAGCUGCGAGACCAACAGCGUCAUGCUCAGCAGGAGCCACGUGAGCAGCAAGACGAGCGAAUUCGUCAGCAGCGAGAGCAGGAGGAACGACUGCGUCAGCAGCGAGAGCAGGAGGAACGACUGCGUCAGCAGCGAGAGCAAGAAGAACGCUUACUCGAGCAGCGAGAGCUCGAAGAGCGAAUUCGUCAGCAACAAGAACGAGAACAGUAUGAACGCGAGCAGCAAGAGCGAGAGCAACGAGAACGAGAGGAGCAAGAACGUCAGGAGCGAGAACGAGAGCAAGAGCAACCAGAACAACAGCCCGAAUAUAAUCCUGAACCAGCAAACCCGUGGGGUUAUCCGGAACGAGAGCCACAGCCAGAUGAAAAUCCGGAAGAUGUUCCCUCAUACGAACAAUAUGGUCCUGAAGGCAACGAAAUUCUCCCCGAGUCCGAUGCCAAUCGCAACUACAGUGAGGAAGACCGUGAGCAACAACAGCGCGAGCAACUGCGUCGCGAGCAGCAGGAAAAGCAAGAGCGAGAAUAUCAAUUGCAAAUGGAACGUGAGCAGCAAGAGCGCGAACAGCAGGAACGUGGUCAGCAGGAACCUGGUCCUGAAGAAUACCCUAGCUACGAAGAAUAUAGUAGAGCCCUACAAGAGAAAUAUGCUGAACGUGAUCGAAUCUAUGCCGAGGAGCAAGAGCGUGAGCGAAAGCAGCAAGAAACAUUGCUUCAAGAAAAUCACCAGUAUCCCGAACAAAGUUUGCCAGAGGAACAGCCAACCCACCCCAACUAUGAAGCCUACGAUGCCGACCGCAGCUAUGCCGAGGAACAGGAGCGCGAGCAACAGCGAAGGGAUCAGGUUGAACAGGAAAGAGAGCAACAGCCUGGCGAGGAGUACGAGAGAUCACCAGAUGAGGAAGAGGCAGCAGAACAGGAUGUUCUUAAGGUUGAGGAUUUCGCCACCUAUGAGGCGUACCUGGAGGCCGCAACCAAGCUCCGCGAGGAGCAAGAGGAACAAGAAAAGUUGGAGGAGAUACGUUAUAGGGCCCAGCAGGAGGAAGAGGAUCGCAUUCAGGCUGAGAGGGAACGCAAUUCUCACAACUAAGUAACCAAAUCAAUGGUCCAUAUUAUAAUGAUGUGAAACCACCUUUCAUAAUAAUUUGUAUACACAACUCAAACUUAAAAAUUUACCACGCUUUGGUAUCUAUAGAAAUAUGUAUAUCGAAAGCUAUUGUUUUUGAAUAAAUACAUUUUUGAAUUACCGCUUACAUCAUAA